GAUAAUGACAAGAUUUGCUGGCAGACGUCCAUUCAUUCUCUCGUACCAAGUACUUCGAAGCGGAAUCGCGUCUUUUCAGAGCGCGACUUCCCACGAUAUUGCGAAAACUCUCAACAAGGUCACACACUGUUGCCUCAAUGUCUUCGCAUCUUCGGCGUUUUUCGUGCUACUAAUGGUUCUGGUCGAUAAACAAGGACUCGAUAAAACUCCUAAAUGUCUUGCCGCUCUCUACGCCUUCGCAAUGUGGAUGCAGCUGGCCACUGUCCGUUACCGUCACUUUAUCCCGCUGAUUCUCACAGUAGUCAUCGAACUGGUCAUCACUGGAUUGGUUUCCUAUCAAACGGGAGAAUUCAUCUUCUCGCACACCGCUGAAGUCAAGGAUUACGUAUUCACAGUGAUGUUCACUAUUAUCGCUGUCUUCCGUUUCGUCUUCAUUAUUAUUCUUUUCAAAGUUCUCAUUUACAAAAAUCCGCCACACUCCCUGACAACUACAGUUCUUCUCAAACCAACCAAUAUCCCUGUCACUUUUUCUUCUAUCAAGGCACCACAAGAGCUUGACCCAACCAACCCAUACUACCCCCAAACUGUCUAUAAUAGUAAUCAAUCUAAAAAUAAUCUUCUCCCACUCACGAGAGAUUAAUUGUUGAAAUCCUGUUCACCCGCUUUUUGUUCUAUGCUGUUUUUCUUCUGUUUACCAUUUUACUUCUUCUAAUAAAUUUCAAAAAAAACU